AUGACAGGAGCUGUUUGUCGAUUGGAAGAACUUUGCGACACUGCGCAUGAACAUGGUGUUUUGAAAUUUGUUGUUGAAGUUUAUGCUGUUGGACUAUAUGGUGAACAUGGUGCUGUUAUUAGUGAACGCGAUCACCAGAUGCACAGCAUGUACAUUAUUUCGGGGGCAUUAGGAAAAGCUUUUGGAAAUGUUGGUGGUUAA